GUACAGAGUUAGACUGUGCCAUGGUGUAGCCGCGUUUCGAAUGAGCAGGUAUCUGCAAACUCGUGGACGGUUAACGGAGGUUAUGAGAAACUCGGCGGUGCUUUUGAGCGCGCGAAAAUGAUAGCACGCAUUCGUAAUUCGAAUCUCUUGCAUAUUAUCACCGCAUUAAUUCUCUGCGUGGAAUGUUUGCACACCUCUGUGGCAGUGGAAGCCGAGAUUGGGCUCGACGUGGAAGGGGAUGGGUUUCAUAGAAUGUUGGUGUAUCGUGUGUUUUUUAAGAAUCUCCUCAAUGACGAUUGUCGAGCCGCGAUAUAUCAGAAAUUACCUUCUACUCUGUAUGUCAAUGUCGACGAAAUAGCAGAAUUGACGAGACGAGGAAAGAAUGCAGUAUGCUCUAUGGGUGAAACCAACGUCGAGUUAUUCGCGGAGAAGUCAGGACAGCAGAAUGUGACAACAUGUGGAUCUGUGGUUUCAUCGUCCAGUUGCGUCUUGAUAAUUCCUGUCCAUCAACGUUAUCAGUAUGCUCGAAAGACUGGAGGCUAUGUCAACGUGACUCUGCCAAUGCCAAGGUUGCUGCUGGGAUGCCAAGAGAGGCUCAAGGACCAUAGAGUGUCCAAGAUCAAUCUUUGUGAACCGUGCGUUGACUUGGCAACAAAAUGGCGAGAAAUUCCGUAUACCGUAUUGAACGGCGGUGAUUACGAGUGGUCGGUACCAGUCGGCAACUCGUCUCUCUUAACGUUCGUCAUCUAUGUGACUUUGUUGUUCACCGUUGUUAGCGCGAUAUUUAUUGCGAGCGCCAUUCACGUCAAUGCCUCGAAAAAUCGUCAAAAGGAAGACUGAGCCAACACCUUAAGCACUCACAGGGAACUCUCAGGGACCAAUGGAGAUUCUGUAAUUAUAGAUAUUCGUUGGAACUGGGAUUUUAAUCACUUCUAAACGAAACAUCUUUCGUUUAAGUCAUUUUCUAAAUUUAAAUAGUUUUUAUGCAUUUAUAAAUACUAUUUCGAGAAGCCGAAUUAAACAUAGGUCGUUAAGGGAACAGGUGCAAUUUCAGAUCGUCGAUUACAUUAUUCCUGUCGAACUCAUCUCUUUAACUUAAUUCUAUUUAUUUUUAAAUUGUAUUUCCAUUGCUGCAAAGUCCAUUCGGUUGAUUGUGAAAAAAGAAGAAAGUUAGUCUCUCUCGUUAAUCUCGCGAACAUUCUUAAACGAAGACAACUCUGAUUGGCAAAUGUAUGUGCGCACGAUUGUACAGUUUCUCACGUUUGCGGUAUGUACCCGCGGUACAGCUAGUCGUGUUAAUUUAUAAGAAAUAUAAAUACUUAAGAACACUUAUAUGUACGCACUCUCGGAACGGAGCCUUUCAGAGGCUACUACAUAUGACUCAUACAUAUGUAAUAUCCAUAUAACACACACACACACACAUACAAAUAUAUAUACGGAACAAACACGACACCCAUAGCUUAGAGAAUGAAUGAUAAGGAGUAGGGGAAUGUCAUCGAACAAAAAUGGAUUUUUUGUCGAUCGUCAUGAAAUUUUCUCAAUGUUCCUUAGCUCUUUUAUCGUCGCGAUAAAGCUCGUCGGCGCCUUUGAUACAUUGUCCAAGGCGCUGUCUCGCCUAUUCUUCAUUGCGUCUUUCCACGCUGCAUUUUGCUCGAGCCGAAUAAAAUAAAGAUCAGAUUGGCUACUAGAUAUAAGCCGGCCGACAGGAAGAACAUGUUGCGCCAUUGCAUGAUAUCAUUCUAAAUAGCGGAGAGAGCGAUAAUGAGAUAAACAGUAAAUUUAAGCAUUGCAUUUAAGCGUAACAGUUAAACGCGAUCUACAAUGGGUAGCAUGAUUAUCAGAAGUAAGAGUAAGAAAUUAACCAUAGUCGAUUAUUCUCCUUACAUUUGAGUAUGGUUGGUCAAUUUUUUAUUCUUAUGAAUAGACUCCUACUGCCUAUUGUAGACUAGGCUAAAAGCUUAUUACGCCUAUUGUGGAUCUUUCAGCUUUCGACAUUAGGCGAAAUUGAAAUUUCGCCCGUGUCCGUGAGAUUCACUUUUUGAAUCUGGAAAACACAUGAUUCAUGUAUGACGGGAUCAGCAGCAUCCAGAAUCCCCAGUUGUGGAUGCACUGCGUCACCGGUAGUGUCCAGACUCUCGGAGACUCGUCAGCAUCGGUAUCCAGGAAGUGAGCGGUUUCUGAAAGCGAAAGGAAUGUCGUGUGGACAGGUAAAUUUAUUCCUGCGUUUGAUAUUUCUUCCUUUUUUUUUUGAGCUAUUAUAUACGUUUAAGUAUUUUAUUUAAAAUUCUUUCCUUUUUCUUUAUAAUUUGUUUUUCAUUCGCUCUACGCUCAUAUUAGGUACUGUUAUCUAAAAAUUUUCUACUCGCACCAUUAAUAAUUUUAAGCAACGUUUUUUUCCCAUUUCAUUAUUCGCAACUUUGUUUAUAUCUUAAAUUUUUUUAUUUUAUUUUUUUUUGCACAGAUCAAAGCGAUAUUUUGCAUUUCGCAUAUAUAUUUGAAAAUUUGCCGUCGAAUCGGUAAUCUAGUAGCAAGUCCAGCCAAUGCGUGAAACUGUUAUUCAUUUUUCCUCGAAUGUAUCCACGAAUAAUUUGUCGCAAGGCCACAGGUGAUGUUUCUCUACUAUUCUCACUGUCGACUCGGACGAUUCGCGUAGCACAUCAAAACAUAGCUAAUUCAAAUUUUUAAUCUACCAAUGACAACUGGCUUUCGGAACUAUCGAACAUUACUUUCUCUUAUUACAACCGAUACACUGAAAUUGAGAUAUAUAGUUGCUCACGGUAGUGCUCUCUAUACAGCACAAUUAACUAAAUAUAUCUAUUGAACAAGAAAGUAACAAGAAUAUAUAUUGUUAUUUGUUAUUUAGAAUUUUCAUUUGAAAACAAAAAGUUUGACACAGCGUCCAUAACAAAUUAGGAAGCUCCAGAAAUGUCAAUAUGAGAAAGCGACACUGCCGUUCAAUUUUAGAAUUUCGACAUCUCAGUAUUUGUUGGUAAGAAUGGAUAACACAAUAACAACUGAUCAAUAGUAAGUAAUAUAAGUUUCUGGGAGUCGGUAAGUUAUCAGUGUAGAUGAGUUUCCGGGAGUCGGUAAGCUAUCAGGGUGGAUAGGUUUCCGAAGAUUGGCAAGUUACCAAGAUUGAUAAGUUUUCGGGGGUCAGUGCCAGGGUGGAUAAUUUCGGGAAUAAGUAAGUUUCAAGGGGCGAUAAGUUUCUUUAUUGUGCAUCGCGCAUAUAAAGUUGAAGAAGAAUUACAAUUUUUUUUUUUGAUAGAUUCAAGUAAAGGUUGUUACCUCAUAUUUACCCAUUAUAUAUGAACCAUACUGUAUUCUCGAAGAAAUAAAUGUCAAUGUGGGUUUUUAUCUUCAUUACGAAGGGUCUGAAUGUCCUGUGUAAUCUCAUAAAUCUCAAGUGGCUUCGCAUCAAGAAUUGCAAAAAUAUCGAGGACUGGGCCUUGAACAAAAUAUCAGCAGAGCUUCCAGGGUUAUUAGACAUUUCAGACUGUGAGAAAAUCACUGAGAGAGGAUUGGAGGCACUGUAGAGAAUGUUCAAUCAGAAGAAAUUGAUUGUUACAAAUUGCAACAAAUCUGCUGCAUCAGAGCUAACUUGUAUGAUGUUAGAAGAUUGUAUGUCUGGCUUGACUUGUGGAAAUCUA